UUCCAUUCGAUCGAAAAAUGUGUCUUCCGCUAUACUCGAGUGCGGCUCGGCGCACUGUUUUCGCGUACGUUCGCCUCUGAACUAUUAUCCGGCAUCCCGGUGUUACUUUUCCCCGUAUCGAUAUAUAUAUAUAUAUAUAUAUAUACAUAUAUAUAUACAUAUGUAAUAUAUACCGUGCGAGUUUUAUGGGCCGUGAUCAACUCUGAAACCCCAUCGUUGAUUCCCUGGCCCGCGGAUGGUCAUCGUGCCUGGCGAACUCAUCCGAUUCCCAUCGAUUGUAUUUAUAGUGUCUCCCGGUUUAUUUUCGCGUUCGGUUCCCGUGGGAAAAAGAUGCGGCUAUCCACAGGCUGACAGCGUUUCCUUGUAAUCUUGUAUAACCGACCAUUAAGACACGGACUCGGAGAGGAAUGCAAAAUUGAGUUUCUGUGUGGUGGUUUGUCUUCUUGUCGCGGUGAGGGACGUGGAUCUGCCUAGUUGCCGGUAUCGAAGCGAAAAGUGUGUAUUAAAACAGAGAGAAAAGCAAAAUGGAGUCUGCUAUAACUGGACGUAGGCGGACUGCCGCGAGACAUUCAGCAGAGGAUCAGGCUCUUGAUCAGAUAGUGAAGGAGGCAGAAGCUAGAUUAGCCGCGACGAGACAGAGAAGAGCCGAAGCAAGAGUGAUACGAAUGCGUGAAUUGGAAAGACUACAGAAAGAGGCAGAGGAGACUGCGGAUAGGGUUUACGAUAUGUGUUCAGCUGACGUUAAUAGAACAAUGAGAGUAACUCCAGACUCUGUGAGGACGACGCGUCUCCUUACGAAUUCAAAUAAUUUCCAAUCCAGUCGUAGAUCUUCUGAAGACUCUCUGGAAGAUGCUGGCCUAAGCAGAGAUCUCAGGUUAGAGCUAAAAGAGUUCGAGGAGAAGUUUCGGAAAGCUAUGAUAGCUAAUGCUCAGUUAGACAACGAGAAGUCUUCUUACGCCUAUCAGGUGGAUUUGUUGAAAGACAAAUUGGAGGAAUUGGAAGAAACGGUUGCGCAACUUCGCAGAGAGCUCAGGGAGAAGAAUCGGGAGUCCGAGCAGUUGAAAAGAAUCAGUCAGAGAUUGAAGGAGGAUUUAGAUAUAUGCCAUGCACAAUUAUUAGAAAGAGAUACGCUUAUACAAGAAAAUGGUUUAGUUAUUAUCGACGACGAGGAGGGGAGUGAGAACGAAGAUAACGAUGUUGAAAACGGUCCACGUCCAAGACGAAGAGUACUAGUCAGUACAGAAGCAGCGGAAUUGUUGCAGAAUGCUGGAAAGGGUUCAUUAGAUGUUCGGCUGAGAAAAUUCGCUUCUGAAAAGAAGGAAUUACAAGAUGAAAUACGACAUUUAAGAUUGGAGCUGGAGGAGUCCAGGAAUCGUAUUAGGUCCGAAAAAUCGCCUGGUUCAGUAUUAGGUUGUUUAUCAGAUUCCGAGGAUGUGCAACGAGAAGCAAACAAACUUCUAGCCGAUUAUAAAUUCAAGCUGCAGAAAGCGGAGCAGGAUAUGUCGACUUUACAGGCAACGGUGGCCAGGCUAGAGAGUCAAGUGAUACGGUACAAGUCAGCGGCGGAAGCGUCCGAAAAAGCGGAAGACGAAUUGAAAGUGGAAAAGAGAAAACUUCAAAGAGAAGUCAGAGAGACGCAGGGUCGGGUGGAGGAAUUAGAGACGGCGAAUUCUCAUCUACAGAGGCGAUUGGAUAAGCUUAAAAACGCAAAGUCGGCCCUGUUGAAAGAGCUCUGACGAGACGAAUUCUUCGGACCAGUAGAAUGAGUCUGCCAUUUUCUUUUUUUGUUCUCUGUUCUGCGAAAAACCGUGUGCCGAUGUUGCCUCGACAUAAAGUAACUACUUAACACUUCGAAUAUAAUUUAUACGACCGCAAAACGACGCAUAUAUAUAGUAUCGUUACACGAUUUUUAACUAAUUCUAUGUACACGAUAUAACGCAGGCACGAGGUCACAGAAUGUUCACCUGAGACGUCGCGCCGGCGUACGUAAUAUGCGCAAGAAACAGAAAUAGGUAACAGUCAUUUUCGAUGCAUUUGAGAAGCGUUGAAUUUGUAAGCAGUGGUGAAGUCGAUUCGUAAUUUGUACAUUAUUUGGAGAGACAAGCUGGCUUGUACAUCAUAACGU